UACCUCUACUUCCUCGGGUAACUCUUCCCUGUUGCCCGAUCGUCAUCAUGGCGCGUUCUUCCCAUCCCGGCUUGGCUCUCCUUCUUUUAGACUUCCAUGGACCGUUAUUCUGGUGGCUUGGUAUAGCCCUGUCAGCAAAACAUAUCAGAGUCAUCCGUACGGAAUGGACCAUCCAUUGGCAAGCCAUUGUCUCGACUCCUCGCCCAUCAUGUGCGGUCCAAGGUUAUGACACAUCUUCGUGUCUAUUCUCUGAGCUAGCUAACUACGUGCAAUACUGGUAUUUUCUGCGAAUGUGCCUUCCGACUGGCAAAUAAACGAUCCUGUGACCCUCCUUAGGUAUCCGAAACUCCAUUUCCUCACGCCAAAUGGCCACUCCUAGCUGUGGCAAUCAGCAACACGAUCUCUCUGAUACACAAGAUCGGACCCCACUGCGAUAAUCGAACAUUUUU